GUGGCUUCACAGAUUUAUUUCAUGCAGAUCUAUGGGUUUCAGGCUUGAAAGUUUGGUAGAAGCACAUCUAUCAAAACAUAUUCUAGUGCUUUAGGAUAUGUUAGUUUUCAUAUGUAAACAAAGAAGAGUUUAUUGAACCUCUUCCCCUCUUCAGCAGAGUGCAACAAAAAGCCAAUGCCAUACUGAUGAAAGAGGGUACAGUGAUCAGACAGAAUGGCUCCAGUGAACCAGCCAAAGGACAAGGAGUAUGAGAGGGUGCACCAGCAUUGGCCAGAGGAGGCAAAAUCAGCUGGGAAGAGGAAACCGGACUACGAGAAACUAGGGAAUGAGACACAAGCAAAGAGGUUGUUCGUGAGAAAAACAUCUAAACCCCCAGGGAAAAUUGGUUGGAGUGGAGGUGGGUCUGUGGUGGGAAACAAGAGAGUCCUUUCCCAUCAGCUGGAGCAGCAACGCAGCAUUGUUCAUUAUGUCUAUCAGAACAUGCUGGGAGGCUCCAUUCGGGCACCACUCAGGCAGUGUCUGCAGCUGCCUUUUCUGCGUUCUCUUGCCUCAUAUCGCCUCUUUCGAACAGCAAGUCCUUUUGACAGGAGAGUGACAUGCUUGGAAUGGCAUCCAACACACCCCAGUACAGUAGCUGUUGGUUCCAAAGGUGGAGACAUCAUCCUUUGGGACUAUGAAGUACUCACUAAAACGUGCUUCAUAAAGGGGAAAGGGGCUGGAGAUUCUCUUGGAGACAUCAAGUUCAGUCCUUAUGAGGCAGUGAAGCUUUAUGUGGCAUCGGGUGAUGGCACCCUAAGUCUGCAGGACCUUGAGAGCAGAGCGGUGCAGGUGAUCUCUCGUGCCCCGGACUGUGGCCACGAGCACCAUAAUGUUUGCUGCUGGUACUGCAGUGUGGAUGUUUCUGCAAGCAGCCGUGCACUGGUGACAGGUGAUAAUGUGGGCAACGUGGUCCUGCUGAGCACUUCUGGUGAAGAGAUUUGGAAGCUGAAAUUGCACAGGAAGAAAGUGACUCAUGUAGAGUUCAACUCCCGAUGUGAGUGGCUGUUGGCCACAGCAUCUGUGGAUCAGACAGUUAAAAUCUGGGACCUCAGAAACAUCAAAAACAAAAUGAGCUUUCUUCAUGUGCUUCCUCAUGAGAAACCUGUCAAUGCAGCUUACUUCAGCCCAACAGAUGGUGCAAAGCUUCUGAGCACAGACCAGCGCAAUGAGAUCAGGGUUUACUCAUCUUCAGACUGGACCAAGCCACAGCAUCUGAUUCCACAUCCACAUAGGCAUUUUCAGCACCUCACACCUAUUAAGGCAACGUGGCAUCCUCGCUAUGACCUCAUUGUCGUAGGUCGCUACCCAGACCCCAAGUUCCCAGAGUACACAAUGGAUGAGCUACGAACUGUUGAUGUAUUUGACGGAAACACCGGAGAGAUGGUUUGUCAGCUCCAUGAUCCAAACGCUUGUGGUAUCAUCUCGCUCAAUAAAUUUAACCCUAUGGGAGACACACUGGCUUCUGGCACGGGCUUUAAUAUUCUGAUUUGGAGCCGGGAGGAGAUGGUGGCCAAGAAGCAAGAACAUCUUUUGAAAGCCAUGACAGAACAGGGGAUUGGAAGCUGGAGUUCAUCCAGACGUGGAGGGCAGAGGCAGGCAAACCCUGGCACAAGCAAACUCAAAGCUAAGUUAUUGUCUUGGGAGCUGGAGGAGACGAGAACAAAAAACAGUGAUUCUAAAUCCAAGGGAAGAAAGCGAAAAGGGAAGGAUCUAGAGAAGUGAUUUAGUAUUUUGAUCCUUUCUGAAUCCCAGGGUACAAACUCAGUUCUUGCCAAUGGGCAGUGUAAGCCGUACAGGGCAUUAGACUUUGUCCCUCCUCCAUGGAUCUUAUCUUGGUUCCCUAAUCCUCUUGGCUUCCCCUUCUAGAAAGUUGCGUCAGUACUUGGUUUCUCCUGCAAAUGGAGUUACCACUUAUUUUCUGAGGCACUAAGAAAACUUCCAAGAUGUUCUCAAAUCCUGCUGAAGUUACUGCUUCCAAUCUGCCAUAUCUGCUUGUCAUCACUUGUCAGAGGUUACCAUUUCCUGUAGUCUGCUGUAGAGCAGCUCAUGGUUGGGUCUUCAGCCUGUUCUAGUCCAACUGAGUUGAGAAACCAUUUGCUAACAGGAUUAACAUCCUGGAAAGGUAGAGUGUUUACAAGGCUGAGGUGAUGGAUAGCUUGGGUAGCCUAGGAAACACCAAGCUCUUCAACAUGCAAGCUUCUCGGAAAAUGUUUGUCAAAACCUCAGGCUUAGCCUGUUCUCUGCUUGCAGCUAUUUAACUGGACCACAAAAAACAUCAUGAUGCCAGAGGUGUCUACCUGCCUCAUGGGAUGCAAGGGCAGUAUGGAGCUGGGCCUAAUGAUUCUGUAGUUUCUAUUUUCAGAGUUCUUUCUUGCCACAAAUUAGGUAAUUUUUUUCACCCAGGUGCUUCAGAAUGUUGGAUUAAAGUGUUAUAAAGCAGAAAUGAGGAAUUUCUUCCAAACACGCCUGCUCAGAGCCAAAUCUCAAGACUGUUGUUAAAGUCUAAAGUUUUGCUUUUUCUAAAUUGUUUACAAGGCUGCCCAUGGCCUUGCUGCUGUCCCAGAGGUUGAUGGAUGGGAUGGGCUCCAGGCCUGCGCAGAUUCUCCAUGUUCACUUUUAUAGUUUUGCAGUAUUAAUAAAGUUUUGUACUAAACUAAAA